UUAUAGCGGGACUGCGGCAGGCAUUCUGACACUGGGGGGGAACUGACUAACUGUCACUGACAUCCCCAGUGACACUAAUACAGUGAUCAGUGCUAAUAAAAAGCACUGACACUGUACUAAUGGCACUGGGCAGGAAGGGGUUAACAUCUGGGGUGAUCAAAGGGUUAAUUGUGUACUGUGUACUUUUUAAUGUGUGCUGUGUGUGUGCUUUACUGUGUAAGCAUGCUGCUUUGUAUUGCUCUGCUGUACAGAAAUACAAAGCAGCAUGUCCUUGCUGACAGGAGAGAGACCUGUGUUUUUUACACACAGG